CGCACAGUAUGUAUUCCAGAACGCGAACGGGAUUCUUGCCAGGCAAUCAGGGAUCAGGCAUCUCUCCCAUCCAUGGACAUGGGGGAGGCAUGGCAGGUCAGGUCAGAACCUAGUUAUGAAGUACAUACGUCGUCUUGCUUUAGAGGGGCUGCGGCUUUCUUCUUAUCUGUGAGUGAGGUGAGUGUGGUGUGCGUAUGUGUGUGUGUUAUGGUGGGUGUACAUACAUAUAUAUAUACAAGAGAAACACAUCUCCCCUCACGUCCUUGACGUCCAAACUUUUCUUCGAGCCGUCGGAUGUCUUCUAGGAGGCAGAAUGAUAAGACUUCCAUUGAAGUCAAGUAACACCCUCUAUCUACAUCGAUAUCCACCAUAUCAACCCACGCGCUCGCCCACCAUGUCUAAUAAAGCAACUCAGGGUUCCUGUAAAAGGUAUUUCAUCCUCGUUCCUCAUUCCUCAUUCCCCUCCCCUCACACACCCAUAAAAAAACCCAUCAAUCCUAAAUCCUAACCACUAACCCCCCACCCACCAGUUUACCUCCCCUCACCAAAACCAAAACCAAAAACUCACCUACUCCCCGUGACGAGCCAACAUACCUCCCACUCACAACCUACACCCACCAUUCCGAAUCCCACGAACUGGCCGCUUUGGGUGAUGUCCAUGAGAAAACGUCAGAGAGCAUUCGUCGACAUAGAGAUGUGAUGAGGAGGAAGAUUAGGGAGGUGGAGAGGGUUUUGGGGUAG